AUGGAGUACGACGACGAAGACGACAUUCAGCAGUACCAGGCGCGACAGCAGAAACGGCAGGGCGAGAGCCGCGCACAAAAAUCCGUUCGCCAAGUGGCGGGUGGUGACACAGCGGAGGAUGACGAUGAGCCCUCAGCAAACAACGAAGAAAGUCCCGAACUCAGCUCGUCUGACGAACUUGCCAUCGAGGAAGAAGAAGCCCGUCAUCCUUUCUAUCACUAUGCCACCGAGAAAGCCGACAGUUUCGCUGACGCCAAAGUAAUCUACCAACGCCACCGUCUUGAUACCAAGACCUCCCAGGACUUCGCCAAUCUUUCCUUGAGCAAGUCUACCACCUUGCCCUCGAUUCUUGACGGUGGUUUUGGCCCACCACUCAACCGAACAAGCAGUCUUGCGUCCCGCAAAAGCGUUCGUGGCUCUUCUGGUGGGGGCCAAGCCAUGACCUUCAAGAAAGAGCCUUUUCCGAGCUUUCAACAAAGCCCCGAGCCAUCUCGCACAUCUCAUGAUGUAUUCCUGGAUGCCGAUGCCAAGGCAAGAGCACACAAUCAGCAUCCGGCCCUACCCCAUGAAUUCAAAGAUCCGUUGCUUGCUCAUGAGGGAAUGCAUGGGGCGGGAGCAGGGGUGGGUCUUGGGUCUGGACCAAGCGGCCUGGCGAAGAACGAAGAAAGCAUUGUAUCCGAAGUUCAAUCUAUUUGUGACAAGAUCAAGUUGCUUCUCGACAUGCGCCGAGAGUUCAUGAAGACAUCACUGCAGUGUCCAGGUGACAAUCCCAAGGAUUACGACGAGUGGGAAAUCUACCCCCCUCCACCUGAGCCUGUAUGGACUCAAGAGAAGAACCGCGUCAACGGUCAUGAUGAUGAAAACCCAUCGAGGACUUCUAGCGGAUUAUACAUGCCUGACACUGGCCGCCCGGACAGUAAAUCAGGCCGCUCGACCACUUACACCAGCCACGUCGGCUCGGAUAGAACACCAGUUUCUCCAACAACUGCCAGACGCAGGCGCAAACCUGGCCAUGAUAUUGGCGAGGACUUUGAUAUGUCCGAGGUGGACAUUCCAGGAGAGGACACAGAAUACCACUAUGCUCCAGAUGCUGCGAGUAUCUACCAAGUCUACGACGAUCGCGACAAGCCGGUCGUCCAAGUUCCCACACUGCGAGAUUACUAUAUCGCAUUAGACACGGUGUUGGACAUAUGCUCAGAUGGUCCAACUAAGAGCUUUGCCUAUCGUCGCAUGCAGUAUCUCGAGGGUCGCUACAAUCUAUACUCCUUGCUCAACGAAUACGAGGAAGUCGCGGACACAAAGAAAGUGCCUCACCGUGACUUCUACAAUGUACGAAAGGUCGACACCCAUGUUCACCAUUCGGCCUGCAUGAACCAGAAGCACCUCCUCCGCUUCAUCAAAAGUAAGAUGAAGAAGUGUCCGACUGAGGUGGUAAUAGACCGUGACGGGAAACAGUUGACUUUACAAGAAGUCUUCGAGAGCAUCAACCUCACAGCAUAUGACCUGAGCAUAGAUACCUUGGAUAUGCAUGCUCACACUGACUCUUUCCAUCGCUUCGACAAAUUCAACUUGAAGUACAAUCCUGUUGGUCAGUCACGACUAAGAGAUAUAUUCCUCAAGACGGACAAUUUCAUCAAAGGCCGGUAUCUCGCAGAGAUCACACGUGAGGUCAUCUCGGAUCUGGAGGCCAGCAAGUACCAGAUGGUCGAAUGGCGCAUCAGUGUCUAUGGGCGCAGUAUUCAUGAGUGGGACACGCUCGCGGCAUGGGUUGUUGACAACAAGCUCUUUUCUCACAACAUCCGCUGGCUUGUACAGAUUCCUCGACUUUUUGGCCUAUACAAGGCCAUGGGAACCAUGGAAACUUACGAUGAGCUGUUGCGCAACAUCUUCCAGCCGCUGUUUGAAGUCACGCAAAACCCGGCCAGCCAUCCCAAGCUCUACGUUUUCCUUCAACGGGUCAUCGGCUUUGACAGCGUUGACGACGAAAGCAAGCCUGAGCGCCGGCUGUUCCGAAAAUUCCCCGUGCCCAAAGAAUGGAACACCAAGCAGAACCCUCCCUAUGGCUACUGGAUCUACCACUUGUACGCAAACAUGUCGUCGCUGAACGCGUGGCGACAAAAACGUGGGUUCAAUACUUUCCUCCUCCGACCUCACUGUGGCGAAGCUGGCGACACGGACCACCUGGCGGCGGCUCUGUUGUGCUGUCACAGCAUCAGCCACGGCAUCACUUUGAGGAAAGUCCCAAUGUUGCAGUAUUUGUUUUACCUGGAACAAAUUGGCAUUGCAAUGUCACCCCUUAGCAACAAUGCUCUGUUCCUAACUUACGACCGCAAUCCAUUCAUCAGCUACUUCAAAAGGGGACUCAAUGUCUCACUCUCGACCGACGACCCGCUGCAGUUUGCGUUCACCAAAGAGCCGCUUAUUGAGGAGUACUCGGUGGCGGCGCAGAUCUACAAGCUGUCAGCCGUCGACAUGUGCGAAUUAGCCAAGCACUCUGUCGACCAGUCUGGUUUCGAGCUGUCGUUGAAGCAACGCUGGUUGGGGAAGUACUGCUACUUGCCGGGCGUGCUCGGCAACGAUGUAGCCAAGUGCAAUGUGCCCGAUGUGCGAGAAGCGUUCAGGCACGAGACGCUGAAAGCAGAGCAUGCAUUCAUUGCCAAAUACACGAAAGACUAUACGCACCUGGAGAGAUGCACGCCGAGCAUACCGGAACCAGAUGACCCCUCGGCAUCCAUGAGCGAAGUGUACAAGGUCCUCGAGUCACCGAAACAGUACUACGCGACCGUGGCAGACUCGAUCCCCCCGGCCCAGCAAGCCCGGGUGCCUAAUGCAAAGUCAAGCAGCAACGUGGAGACACUCAGCAGCUCACCUCCACGUCUCCGUAAGGCGUCGACGCAGCUCUACGCUGUCACAUCCCCCACAGAUCCUCACAUUUCCGGCCACGAGCCUCGGGUGUUCCCGGGUAUUGCGUAUCAGCGAGAGCGGCGACAUAGCUUGAGGAAGAGCAUCAGCGGAUCAGAAGGUACCGCGCCGGACUUGAGCAGCAGCCAACAGCUAGAGCCUGCGCUAGCAAAGCUCCAAGAGAGGGAAGACAGCGAGGCGGCCUUCGCUGACGACACGGAUUAG